CCAUGAAACCUCAAAAACCCAUUUUCAGUCUCUCUCCCGUUGGCGCUCUCUCUCACUCUACUCUUAGCAGCACAUACUACAUAGUAAAAUUUAGGGAAGUUUAUCCAGAAUUGAUCUGCUGGAAUUUGGUUUGAUUCACUGUUAUCCUUUUGGUUCGCUUUUGUGUGAAGGAUGGAAGAAAUCCCUUCACCAAUUGUUUGGGAUGGGAGAAUAACUGGAAUCAAAUUUAGUUUGGCAACUCGUCAGGAAGUUUGCACAUCUUCGAGUAGCGAUUUCCCAAUUAGUCAUAUUAGUCAGCUGGGAAAUCCUUUCCUUGGUUUGCCCUUGGAAGCUGGAAAAUGUGAAUCUUGUGGUGCUGGGGAACCGGGUAGCUGUGAAGGACACUUUGGGUUCAUUGAAUUGCCAAUUCCUAUAUACCAUCCUUCACACAUCGGUGAAUUGAAAAGGUUGCUGAGCCUAUUAUGCCUCAAAUGCCUGAAAAUGAAGAACAGAAAGGUUAAGAACAUUGGUGUACUAGAAAGAACUUUGUCCUCUUGUUGUGAGGAGGCUUCUCAAAUUGCUAUUAACGAUGUCAAAACCACCGAUGGGGCCUCAUACCUGGAGUUGAAAUUGUCAUCCAGGUCAAAAUUCAGAGAGGGAUUUUGGAACUUCUUGGCAAAAUAUGGUUAUCGAUAUGGAGAUAACUUUACUCGGCCUCUCCUUCCUUCAGAGGUGUUGGAGAUGCUGAAGAAGCUUUCGCCACAGACAACAAAAAAGCUUUCUAUCAAGGGAUAUUUCCCUCAGGAUGGAUACAUAUUGCAAUAUCUGCCUGUCCCUCCAAAUUGCUUGUCUGUCCCUGACGUAUCUGAUGGGAUCAGUAUCAUGUCUUCAGAUCUUUCCACCACCAUGCUUAAAAAAGUUUUGAAACAAGUUGAAGUGAUUAAAAGUUCACGAUCUGGGUCACCAAAUUUCGAAUCUCAUGAAGUUGAGGCUAAUGAGUUGCAAGCAGCUGUAGAACGAUAUCUUCAAGUUAGGGGUGCUGGCAAGCCAACCCGUGAUAUUGAUGGUCGGUUUGGUAUCACAAAAGAACUGAAUAACUCGUCUACUAAAGCAUGGCUUGAGAAGAUGAAGACGCUAUUUAUUAGAAAGGGCAGUGGAUUCUCUUCACGAAGUGUUAUUACGGGUGAUGCUUACAAAGGGGUGCAUGAAAUUGGGUUACCAUUUGAGAUUGCUCAAAAGAUAACAUUUGAGGAGAGAGUGACUCAACAUAACAUGCAAUAUUUGCAGAAGCUGGUUGACAAGAAUUUAUGUUUGACCUACAAAGAUGGAUUGUCUUCCUACUCUCUUAAGGAGGGUACAAAGGGGCACACAUUUUUAAGACCUGGCCAGGUGAUUCAUAGGCGGAUUAUGGAUGGGGAUAUUGUAUUCAUCAAUAGGCCACCUACUACCCAUAAACAUUCUCUUCAAGCUCUCUCUGUAUAUGUCCAUGAAGACCAUACUGUCAAGAUUAAUCCUCUUAUAUGUGGGCCUUUGAGUGCAGACUUUGAUGGUGACUGUGUCCAUUUAUUUUAUCCGCAAUCGCUUGCUGCAAAAGCUGAGGUUGUAGAGCUAUUUUCUGUUGAAAAGCAAUUGCUUAGCUCUCACACUGGGAACCUUAACUUGCAAUUGUCAUCAGAUUCUAUGCUGUCCCUGAAGCUCAUGUUUGGGAAAUGCUUCUUCAAUAAAGUGUCUGCACAACAAUUAGCUAUGUUUGUUUCAAAUUCCUUGCCGGAUCCAGCUUUAUUGAGGCCUUCUACGUCUGGUCCUAAUUGGACUGCUUUACAGUUAUUACAGAUGGCUCUACCUAAUUGCUUUGACUGUUCUGGAGAAAGACAUCUUAUCCGUUGCAGUAACAUUGUCAAUCUUGACUUUAGUAGGGAAAAGAUAAUGUCAAUCAUGAAUGAUAUGGUGACAUCUAUUUUUUUUGAGAAGGGUCCACAAGAAGUGUUGAAAUUCUUUAACUCCUUGCAGCCUUUACUGAUGGAAAACAUGUUUUCUGAAGGUUUUAGUGUUACUUUGGAAGAUUAUUCUAUUUCUAAAUUGGUUACUGAAAAUGGUCAAAAUAAUAUUCAGUGCAUUGCACCUUUGUUACUCAUGUUGAGAUCAGCUCGUAAUGAUCUGAUGGAACUACAAGUAGAGAGUCAACUGCAUACUCUGAAAGCCCCUUUCAUUAAUUUCAUCAUAAAAUCCUCAGCAAUAGGUACUCUGAUUGAUGCAAAAAGUGAAUCUUCCAUAAACAAAGUUGUCCAGCAGAUUGGUUUCAUGGGGAUGCAACUUUCUGCUAUAGGAAAAUUCUACACAGUUAACUUGGUGGAUGAUAUGGCAUCUCUUUUUCAAAAGAAAUACCCCUUUUGUGAUAAAUAUCCUUCCGAGGAAUAUGGGUUGGUCAGAAACGGACUAUUCUAUGGAUUGGACCCAUUUCAGGAGAUGGUUCAUUCAAUCUCUGCUAGAGAAGUGAUUGUCCGUUCAUCUAGAGGACUUUCAGAACCUGGAACCUUAUUCAAGAAUUUGAUGGCCAUUUUACGUGAUGUUGUAAUAUGCUAUGAUGGGACUGUACGGAAUGUCUGCAGCAAUUCUGUCCUUCAAUUUGAAUAUGGUGCUGAGCCACUGAACACUGUGGCUGCUGGGGAACCAGUUGGUGUUUUGGCAGCAACUGCCAUGUCAAAUCCUGCAUACAAGGCAGUUCUUGACUCAUCUCCUGGUAGCAAUUCCUCAUGGGAGAUGAUGAAAGAGAUCAUGCUUUGCAAAGUAAAUUUCAAGAAUGAUGUUUCUGAUAGGCGGGUGAUUUUAUACUUGAAUGACUGCACUUGUGGUAGAAGCUAUUGCAAAGAAAAUACAGCCUAUGCUGUGAAGAACUAUUUAUCUAAAGUCAGCCUGAAAGAUACUGCAGAUGAGUUGCUAAUAGAGUACCCAGGUCAGCCAAUUGAGCAUGAAUGUCCUGAAUUCAAUGCAAAUCUUGUUGGUCAUAUUCAUCUCAAUAAGAUGACAUUGAAUGACUUAAACCUAGAUAUGAAUACGAUUCUUGAGAAAUGUGAAGAGACCAUCAGUAAGUUCCGCAAAAAGAAAAAUGUCGGCUAUCUUUUCAAGAGAAUAAAGUUCUCUGUCAGCGAUUGUUGCUCUUGUGGACAAGCUUGUGAUGUGGGUGUGCCUUGUUUGAAGUUCUUUUGGCCUGAUGCAAUUGACAUUCAUCUUGAAAGGACGUCUUGUAUUCUUGCAGAUACAGUUUGCCCUGUUAUACUUGGGACGAUAGUAAAAGGUGACCCCCGGGUUUGCAAAGCAAAAAUUGUUUGGAUUAGUCCUGAGACAAAUAGCUGGAUACCAAACCCAAACAAUAAUCAAAAAGGUGAGUUAGCCAUUGAUGUCAUUUUAGAGAAGGAGGCAGUCAAGCAAUCCGGAGAUGGGUGGAGGAUUGUAUUGGAUACCUGUCUUCCGAUUAUACAUCUUAUUGACACUAGUCGGACGGUACCAUACGCAAUAAAACAAGUACAGGAACUACUUGGAAUUUCGUGUGCGUUUGAGCAAACUGUUCAGCGGCUCUCAACCUCCGUUUCCAAGGUUGCAAAGGGUGUGCUUAUUGACCAUCUUAUUCUGUUGGCCAAUAGUAUGACUUGUGCGGGGAAUAUGAUUGGUUUCAAUGCGGGUGGAAUAAAAUCAUUGUCCCAAUCUCUAAAUCUCCAAAUUCCAUUUACAGAGGCAACAUUAUAUACUCCUAAAAGAUGCUUUCAAAGAGCUGCUGAGAAGUGCCAUGUUGAUUCCCUCAGUAGUGUUGUUGGGUCAUGCUCAUGGGGUAAACAUGUUGCUGUAGGAACAGGAUCCCGAUUUGACAUUCUUUGGGACACUAGAGAGGUUGAAAUGAGUCAAGAAAAAGGAAGCAAUGUGUAUGACUUUCUCUACCUUGUUAGAAAUAACCUGAAAGAGGAGAAAGCAGACACCACAUGUCUUGGAGCUGAUAUUGACGAUUUCGAGAUGGAGGACAAGGAGUGGGAGUUAUCUCCACAGCAUACCAAUGAAAAACCAAUUUUUGAUGAUGCUUGUGAGCUUUCAUGCGAUGUAGAACGUCUGGAAGAUGGGGAUAAUCUACUUGAGUCUAAAUGGGAAAAAGUUUCAUCCUCAUCUGGUGGGUGGGGUGUCACAACUGAUAAAGGUGGGUGGGAUGUAGCAACUGAAAAAGUAGGGACGGAUGUAAAUCCAACGGAAAAAGGUGGUUGGUCCAACUGGGGAACUCAUUCAGAAGACCUCACUUCUUCUGGUUUGGUUAAGAACAAAACUUCGGAAGAAGAUAAUUCAUCCAUGUCUAAUAUAGGAGAACCUGAGACCCCAUCAAAAACGUUGUGUACUUGGGACUCGUUAAGCCAUGAGGGUGAACAUCAGCAACAAACAGAUCGUGGUAAAGAAAUGGCUGAUAGUGGAAGCGGUUGGUCUGGUAGCGCUAAAUCGGAUUCGAAAGCUGGCAAAGAAAGUAGUGUGUCUGGUUGGGGAAAAAGUACAACUCAUUCAGAAGACCUCCAUUCAUCAAUGCCACCACCGAAGCAAAGCAGUUGGUCUGGUAGCGGUAAAUUAGAUUCAACAGCUGGCAAGCAAAGCAGCGUGUCAGGUUGGGGAAGCAGUAAAACUCCUUCAGAGGACCUCCCUUCGUCCAUUUCACCACCAAAACAAAGCAGUUGGUCUGCUUGGAGUAAGGAAAAAACUCAAUCAGAAGAUACCCCAUCCGAGUCUCAUAAAGGAGCACAAGAGAUUCCAUCCAUGUCUCCUAAAGGCGUGGAAAAAUCAGAUUGGGGAGCUGAAAAGCAAAGCAGUUGGUCUGGGAGCGGUAAAUCAGAUUGGGGAUCUGGAAAGCAAAGCAAUUGGUCUGGGAGUGCUAAAUCAGAUUCGGGAGCUGGAAAGCAAAGCAGUUGGUCUGGGAGUGCUAAAUCAGAUUCGGGAGCUGGAAAGCAGACCAAUUGGUCAGAUUCGGGAGCUGGAAAGCAGACCAAUUGGUCAGAUUCGGGAGCUGGAAAGCAGACCAAUUGGUCAGAUUCGGGAGCUGGAAAGCAGGCCAAUUGGUCAGAUUCGGGAGCUGGAAAGCAGACCAAUUGGUCAGAUUCGGGAGCUGGAAAGCAGACCAUUUGGUCAGAUUCAGGAGCUGGCAAGCAGACCAAUUGGUCAGAUUCGGGAGCUGGAAAGCAGACCAAUUGGUCAGAUUCAGGAGCUGGAAAGCAGACCAAUUGGUCAGAUUCAGGAGCUGGAAAGCAGACCAAUUGGUCUGGGAGUGGUAAAUCAGAUUCGGGGGCUGGAAAGCAGACCAAUUGGUCUGGGAGCAGUAAAUCAGAUGUGGGAGCUGGAAAGCAGAGCAAUUGGUCAUUUAAGGCAAACACAGAGGAGAAGAGUCAGUCAAACGCCUGGAAUGCAGUUGCUGCUGAACCAAAAUCUCAGCUGGAGAGUUCUGACAUGGAGAACAGUGAGUUAGGAGGACGCACAGAUGGUUGGGGUUCUUCUCCAAAAGUUGGAAAUGGUGCACAGGUUCAGUGGGGCCAAAAGCAGUUUUCUGCCAAGAAUGACUUUGGAGAGAACUCUCGUGGAUGGAAUUCCCCUAAUAAUAAUAACAAUAAUAGUUCAGUACCAGAUAGGAGAAGAAUAGCUGAUGGCCUUCUCACUGCAACCCGUCAGCGGUUGGAUAUGUUUACCACGGAAGAGCAGGAUAUCCUCUCGGAAAUGGAACAGAAGUUGCGAUCAAUCAAAAGAAUAAUGUCACAAUCCUGUGAUGCCGAGCCUCUGCCAGCGGAUGAUCAAUCUUUCAUUCUAGAGAACGUCUUUCAACAUCAUCCAGAUAAAGAUAUUAAGGCGGGGUCUGGAAUCGACUUUAUCAUGGUGAACAAGCAUGAGAAGUUCACUGAAACGAGAUGCUUGUACGUAGUAACUACUGAUGGACGCAAGGAAGACUUCUCUUACAGAAAAUGUCUAGAGAAUUACGUCAAAGUCAAAUGCCCUGAGGUGGCGGAGGGUUUCAUUAAAAAGUAUUUCGUAAUAAAUAAACCGCAGCCUAAUCGUCCUCCCCGUGCUGUUGGGAUUGGUGGUGGUGCUGCUGGGAUUGGUGGUGGUGCUGCUGGGAUUGGUGGUGGUGCUGUUGGGAUUGGUGGUAGUGGCGGUGUAGGUGGUGGUAGUGGCGGUGUAGGUGGUGGUAGUGGCGGUGUAGGUGGUGGUAGUGGUGGAGGAGGCGGUGAUAGUGAAGACCAGCCUUCUACUCCGGCAACCACCGAUAAAUAGUGGAGGUAAUACGAAAUCCUAGGAUAGUGGUAGUGGUAGUUUGAAGUGUUUGGUAUUGGGUGGGCAUUUUCUGAUUCUUUUGAUUUUGUUGUCAGAAAGUAACCCUUAUAACUAUUUUAAUUUUGUUUUUGGAUCAAAACUAAUUUGGCAAACAAAAGAAGAGGCCACCCACCUCACCAUCAUCUGUCAUUUUGAAUUCUUGUAUAGAUGAAGCAAGCAGAUGAGUGUGCUAACUCUUUAUUUCCCUUUAAUUUUUCUAUUAUUAUAAUUAAUUUGUCC